GCAGCUCUGACAGAGAAAAACUCCGCCAGAGCGACGGCAGCGUCACACGCAGCCUUAAGGGACCCCAGUGCUGGGACAGAUGGAGACCUUGGAGUGUCCGAUGGGUGGAGGCGCCACCCGGCUGUACAGCACCCUGACUCAGAGCCUCGGCGGCGGCAGCCCGGCCCCCGCCCUCCCUCCGUCCUACCUGGACCCCGGCCAGCCGGACUUCACCAACCUGGAUCCAGACUUCUACCAGCGGCAGAAGGGCUCCACCGUGUGUCCCCCGGACCCGGCGGAGCUGCUGCGGCAGUGUGAGGAGGCCCUGAGGGACCGGCCGGCCCGCCUGCACCGCAGCUUCGUCCAGGUCGGGGAUGGAGACGGCCCCGGCAGCCCCAUCAGGGUGAUGCAGUGGAACAUCCUCGCCCAAGCUUUGGGGGAAGGAGUGGACGAUUUUGUGCGGUGUCCCCUGGAGGCCCUCUGCUGGCCCCAAAGGAAGUACCUGAUCCUGGAGGAGAUCCUCACCUACCGGCCUCACAUCCUGUGCAUGCAGGAGGUGGACCACUACUACGACACCUUCCAGCCCGUCCUGGCCGGCCUGGGCUACAGGAGCCACUUCUGCCCCAAGCCCUGGUCCCCCUGCCUGGACGUGGAGGGAAACAACGGCCCCGACGGCUGCGCGCUCUUCUUCGACCAAUCACGCUUCGAGCUGCUGGACAGCGUGAACGCGCGGCUCUGCGCCAUGAUGAUUCCAACCAACCAAGUUGCCGUGGUGACCACCCUGCGCUGCCGCAGCACGGGGAGGUGGGUGUGCGUGGCCGCGACCCACCUGAAGGCCCGCUCCGGCUGGGAGUGGCUCCGCAGCGCGCAGGGGGCGGACCUGCUCUGGCACCUGCAGAACCUGGUCCAGAAGCUGGCGGGCGACCCCGUCGUCGAGGUGCCGCUGCUCGUCUGCGGAGACUUCAACGCCGUGCCGGCCGAGGAGGUGUACCAGCGCUUCGCCACGUCCCCCCUGCGCCUGGACUCCGCCUAUAAGAAACUGAGCCAGGACGGCUCCACGGAGCCGGAGUACACCACGUGGAAGAUCCGGGCCACGGGGGAGUGCUGCUCCACCCUGGACUACAUCUGGUACACCCGGGACACGCUGAGGGUGGACGCCGUCCUGGACAUGCCCACCGGGGAGCAGAUCGGCCCCAACAGGCUCCCGUCCUUCAGCUACCCGUCAGACCACCUGUCUCUGGUCUGUGACUUCAGCUUCAAGGAGAAGGAGUGAAAGGGAAACCGGUGCACGGGAAGUACACGGGUUCCCCCCGCGGGAAGGGAAGGGCGGCGGGAACCACGCCAGCCAAGCGGCGUGGAGGUAAAGACUCCAGCGUGGGGACUGACACGCGUGGUGGCGGAAAGCCUCCCUGAACUACGAGUGGUUUCUGGAGAAGAUCCCGGUCCUGCAGCUCCACCCGCACGGACCUGGACCUUCACCACACGGCCCUGCAGCCACAACCAGACAGACGUGGUUCUUCGUGCUACAGGUGUACAAGAGUGGUUUCAAAUAAAGUUUUUCUUUGCUCUCA